CAUCGAAUCGUUCCAUUGGAUAUGCCAGCUUUCAAGAAUGGCAGUUUUUUAGACAUCAUGAAAAGAGUGGUUCACACCUUGCUUGUCGCAAUGUUACUACCUGAAGGCUUUCGUUCCGAGGACCAUCCUUCAAUCACGUUUAUUCGCUACUACGAGGCCCUUUCCUACGACACGAUUCCCGUGGAACAGAACCAUAGACGAAAUAAGAGGUCUGCCAACUCGCACGACAGUCGACUGCAUCUCGCAUUCGAAGCCUAUAAUAGACACUUUCAUCUGAGCCUCCAAAGAGAUCGAUCGAGCUUCUCUCCAGAUUUUGUAAUGGAAACUUCGAGUGAAGGCAGGGUUCAGACUAGUCUUGAUCAUAUUUAUUCAGGAUAUUUAAUGGGCGAUACGCAAAGCCGAGUAUCGGGCUACAUCCUUGACGGUCUAUUCUUUGGCCGAAUCACAACAGCCACAGGAGAAUACUACGUGGAACGGGCCAGCCGUUACCUCGAAAAUGACAGUGGCUUCCAUUCCAUCAUCUACUCCGCGAAGGACGUCACUUAUCCAGGUGUCGGCUGUGGCUUGCACGGCAUCACCAAAGAAUGGAUGGAGGACAUUCAGCGACGAUAUCGACAUAGCCGCUCCAAAAGGCGACGACCUAAACGGUGGUCCAAGGAAUACACCGAUACUUCCGGAGAACCACGGUUUUUCAACUAUGACACUCAUAUGUGGAAGCCCUCUGCAUCUAACAUAACGCGUCGGGGAAAUCGCCGACAGGAGACAGAAGUGGUGAAGCGAGUUUGCAAUAUGGAAAUAACGAUUGACCACUCUCUCUACGAAUACCUUUUGCUUGACAUGGGUGACGAUUUCAAGACACGAGAAGCUAUAUCGGGACUUGUAAGCACGCACGUUGCAACAGCGUCAGAGAUUUUCAGGUCCACAGACUUCUACGGCAUAACAGACAUCUCGUUCGACGCCCAGCGAGUCAUAAUAAAAGACCACCAUUCAUGCGAAGGAGAAGCUGCUCGUACCUCACGAUUCUGCUCUGACAACCUGGACGCAUCGCACUUGCUGCACGAACUAUCCAGAAUCAAUCAUGACAGCUUCUGCCUUUCCUACAUUUGGACUUACCGCGAUUUUUCUCGGGGUACGCUGGGCCUCGCUUACGUAGCGGAGCUUGAUGAAUCGUCGGGCGGCAUCUGCGAGAGAUUCCAGACAGGGGUGGCGUCCGGUGUCAGCGUUGAGUACAGAGGGAAGCUGAGUCUUAACACUGGAGUUAUCAGUUUCCUCAAUCAGAAUUCCCGGAUCCCAGAACACGUCAGCCAGAUGACAUUCACCCAUGAACUAGGACACAGCUUUGGGGCUUCGCACGACAAGGCAGAAUGUGCCCCGGGUGGCGCCAUCGGUAACUAUAUCAUGUAUGCUAGCGCCACCCUCGGAGAUAAGCCCAACAACCGCAAGUUUUCGCCGUGCAGUAUCCAAAGCAUAUCCCGAGUCCUACACCCUCUCUUCACCGGGGACAGCGCACGGCCGAACUGCCUUCAAGAACCUCGUGGUCCCUUCUGUGGGAACAAUAUCCGAGAUCCAGGAGAAGAAUGCGACUGUGGCUACGAGGAGAAAGACUGUAAGGACAACUGCUGUUACCCCCGAGAACAUCGGGAGGUGAGUCGCAAAGGCUGUACGCUAAAGCCCAACGCAAGGUGCAGCCCCUCCAACAGUCGCUGUUGUAAUAGAGACUGCUCUAUCAGCAAUUCAACACAAGUGUGUCGACAUGAGGACGACUGCAACUAUUCCACCUAUUGCGACGGAGUGACGGACGUCUGUCCUCCCAGUGUGUCGAAGCCCAACGGCACUCUGUGCAGCAGCGACACACAAAUCUGCCAGAAUGGUCAAUGCGCAGUUUCCGUUUGUCGCAAAUUUGGCUUGAACGAGUGCUACCUCACAGGAAGUCACAGAAGCCCAGAAGAGAUGUGCCUUCUUUCUUGCAAGCAAACCGGCUCGACGGGAGAGUGCAAGGAGGCUUGCGAAUACGAGGCGAUGAAGGACCUGUGCGGUAAGCGCACCCCACCUGGGUCCACGUGUAACAAUUUGCUCGGCUUCUGCGACGUCUUCCACAAGUGUCGUCCGAUCGACGCUGACGGGCCGCUUAUGCGCCUGCAGAGAAUGAUAUUCGCUAGCCACGUUUUCCAGAACUGGCUCCUGGAGCAUUGGUACAUCACAGCGCUGGCUGUAUUCGGGGCUUCAGUUGUCAUGACGUGCGUCAUACGGGUGUGCGCUGUGCAUACUCCAAGCAGCAACCCCAAUAUGGCCAGACACAAGAAGGUAUCGCACACAAUAAAGCAUCCUAUUGGUGUCUUGAAGGAAUCCAUGCUGACGUUCCAAGACCUGGGCAAACCAACAAGCUGCGUGAUUCCGUAAGGACAGUCGCGUGUGCGCCACGAGCAGGCACCAAAAUGUAUACAACGAACACAUCGUGAAAUGUUGGCGUUUUGAAAUUUCCGAAACGCUCUUGCAAUGGGAAAUGGUUCGUAGUUAUAUAACGAGCCGUGAUUUUGAAUUUUCAUCAAGUGGGUUUCCGUUUCAACAAUGAGCCUGCUUUUCCUAUUUGCUGAAGCAGUUACUUUUUUUUGUAACCGAUGCGGUGAGAACAUUAUGCGGUGGUCCAUCUGCAGUCGCCAGUAUAGAAGUUUAAAUUUGAAGACAAUUAAAAGGAAAGGCUAUCAUUGACAAUA